GCCAAUAUUGUGAAAACAGCUCUCAAUUUCAAAGAUUAAGAUUUAGUUGUGAUUUAGAACUAAAUGUGAAAGCAUCUCCCCUAUAGAGAUCGAGGCAAAAUGAGGCUCUGGUUUUAUGCGCUUCUGGGACUUUGUUUUGUCCCCUACCUGCGAGCAGAAUGCACCAGUGAAUCCUGUGCCCAUCAGUUAAUGGAAACUUUGGAUAUAGUAUAUCUCCGCAGUGCCAAAAAAUUGAGUCUGUAUCCGGAUUUCCAAGUGGGUGCCGAAUUGGCAUUGCGCAACAGUCUGCUACCUCUGUUGAGGACCAUGGACAAAUUCGAUUGGCAGCACUUUGAAGACCCUCAGCUCAAAAGGCAAUUUGAAAUUCUCCUAAGAGAUUCAAAACAUCCGGCAAUUAGUAAAAGAUUUCGCCAACACACUUCGGACCUACGGACUGUGGGUAAGCAAAAAUUCACCUGUGAUAGCAGCAUGCCCAACAAAUGUAAGCUGAUAUCCUAUGUGCGCCACAUCAAACCAAUUGUGACCAACAGCAAUGAUCCGGAAGAAAUCAAAUGGUAUUGGCGUGAAUGGCGCAAUCAUCUGCCACAAGAAAUUAAAAAUUCCAUGCAUUUCUACAUUGAUUAUUAUCGAAAUAUUUCCGCUGCGACCUUGACCUCGACAGCGACAUCACCCUCCAGCAUUUGGUAUCAGCAGUAUGAUGAGCCGAAUUUCAUGAAAAAUUUAGAGGGUUAUAUGAAAACAAUUGAACCUUUGUGCCGGGAAUUGCAUGCUUACCUGCGGGAUGCCUUGCGUCGGAAAUAUGGUGACGAUGUCGUACCCACUUCCGGAUUAAUACCCCACCAUCUGGUGGAACAGGCGCUCUAUCAAUCGUGGAAAAAGGAAUCGGUUUUAGAGAAUCCCCAUCAGCACAAGAAAAUGCCCAAUCUUUUGCAGGAACUAAGGGGAAAGCGAUGGAAUCCCCGGGAUCUAAUCGAAGCGAGUGAAGAAUUUUUCAAAUCGAUGGGCUUUCCACCAUUUUCUGAAGAACUCAAACGUGAUCACUUUGUGGAAAUUGAAGACAAUAUGGCUGGACCGGAUUGCAAGUCGUACAUUUUCACUCAUGGCAGCAUUGAACUGAACUAUUGUCCCAAAAUGAAUUACAAAAAACUGCUAACAACGCAUGGCGAUGUGACGCAUGUGGAGUAUGGAAUUUUGAAAAAUAACCUGACUGUGGGAUUGAAUCGCGAAGCUUGUCCUGGUUUUGCCAAUGCCCUGGCCGAGGCGGUGAUACUUUCCGCCUCCACACCCAAACAUUUGCAACAACAUUUACAGCUGUUGACCGAAUUCGAUUAUGACAAUGAAAUGAAUUUGAAUUUUUUGUUUAGAAUGGCUGUCCAUGCCCUUCUUUCCAUACCCUCAUAUUUUGUCCAUGAAAAACUUUGGGUGGAUAUGAUUGAUGGCCGAAUUGAUGCCGCCGAAUACAAAUGUCACUACUGGAAUCUUAUGGCACAGUAUAUGGGUGUGGGACCAUCGGAGGUAACUGAAGCCACAACCUACGACAUGCCCUAUAAAUUCUAUGAGGGUUUGGUUGAGGAGACGCGUAGCACGAAGAAACUUUUCGGUGAAUUUUUAGGUUAUCAAAUCUAUCGCGAUAUCUGCUUGGAAAUUGGAGAAUUUGAACCUGGUAAUGCCGACAAGGCCUUGUUCAAAUGUGAUUUUGCGGGUAACCAGAAAGCUGGCAAUAUUCUCAAGAAGAUAAUGUCAGCUGGAGCAACAAAGCUCUGGCGUGAAAUUGUAAAUGCCACAAAAUUGGAUGGUUCUGCCUUUUUGGAAUAUUAUGCCCCUCUUACAGCUUGGUUAAGGGAAGAAAAUAAAAUCAACAACAUCACCGUGGGCUGGCAUGUAACGGAUUAUUGUGCAAAUUUAAACAACACAACAGGAAAUCUAUGAAAAAUAAUAGCGAUUUAAAUAUUGAUUUUGUGACUAAUAAAGGAAAAUAAAUUUCAAUAAAAUGCGGGGAAAAAAAUAGUCCUCUUUAGAUUUAUGGA